AUGUCGGUUCCUGAGAAGAGCUCUUGGGUAUGGAGAAAUAUUCUAAAUUGUCGUUCUAAAGCUGCUGAGUUCAUCAAAUAUAUUCCUGGCAAUGAUUCUGGUUUUCUUUUAUGGCAUGACCCGUGGAUUAACAGUAAACCUCUGCUACAUCAGUUUGAUGCUUCUAUAAUUUCUGCUCUCAAUUCACAAUCGUUGGCGACUAUUGGUAGUAUUCAAAAUGAUGGUGUAUGGGUUUUGGGUGUUAGUAAUUACCAACCAGUGCGUGAUCUUCGUACUUUCUGUGACAAUAUUUCGAUUCGGGGUUUUGAUCGUCUAGUCUGGGAUAAUGGAGGUGGUAGAAUAGUCAAUAUUUCUGCCAUUUAUCAUUCUAUUCGCAGCCGUUGUAUUCCCCCCUUGUGGUUACCGUUUGUUUGGAGCAAGUUCAGAGUUGCUAAGUUUGCUCUCAUCUCUUGGCUUAUUAUGCGGGAAAGACUUCUUACUAAGGACAGGAUGCAGAACUUUAGCAUGAAUGUUUGUCAAGUUUGCGUUCUCUGUGGACAACCAAUGAAACUCACAAGCAUCUUUUCUGCGACUGUGUUUACACAAGGUCUAUUCUUAAUGCGUGCCCCAUGA